UCGAACAGUUGUUAGCUAUAACUGGUUAAAGCUUGAGUUUUUCUCUUCAUCGAUAUACACACCGUUAAAUGAAUAGAAGCUAAAGUACAACUUUAAAUUAGAACAGAUUGCUGCAAUACACUACACCCUGAGGAUUUACCACAGCCAGGAGAUUUGAUCAAUAUUUGAAGAACGGCAACCAUCAAAACCAAACUAUCGAAUAACAGUUGACAACGGUACUUCAAGACCUUUGUUAACGCUCCAUUUCAAAGCCAUUUAAAGUGAUAGAAAAUAUCAGCCUGCGUAAACUAAGUCUAAUUCUAAGAUGGAUAUCUAUCUUGAUUUUAUAACAAAGCUUAAACUUGUCCUCAAGUUCAUUGUACACAAAUAUCAGCAGUUUCUGACCACCACCUACGAAUUCGAAAUUGUCAAUACAUCCAAAGGUCCUGUAAGGGGUAGAAAGCGCAUCAAUAUUCAUAGUGAAUAUGGAAAAUACUAUGCCUUUGAAGGCAUACCCUUUGCCAAACCUCCCUUGCGGAAGCUGAGAUUUCGGGCUCCACAACCGCCUGAACCUUGGCAAGAGGUACUCGACUGCACAAACUGCAAGGCAAAGCCAAUGCAGUACAACUACGCAUUCAAACUUAAAGAAGGUUCUGAGGAUUGUUUGUAUCUGAAUGUUUAUGCCAGAGAGUUACAUACCGCCAAACCUUUGCCAGUUAUGGUAUGGAUUUAUGGUGGAGGUUUUCAAAUUGGUGAAGCUUCGCGUGAUAUGUACGCCCCUGAUUAUUUUAUGCAACGUGAUGUGAUUCUGGUCACUUUCAAUUACCGUUUGGGAAUAUUUGGGUUUUUAUGUUUCGAUGAUCCAGAGCUCAAUAUCCCCGGUAAUGCUGGGCUCAAGGACCAGGUUUUAGCCUUACGUUGGGUCAAAGACAAUAUCCACAAUUUCAACGGAGAUGCCAAUAACAUCACAGUAUUCGGCGAGAGUGCUGGAGGGGCAUCCACACACUUCCUAAUGUCAAUUCCACGAGCGAAGGGGCUUUUUCACAAAGCCAUCGUCCAAUCUGCUUCAAUGUUAUGCCCAUGGGCCACCACAGAGGAUCAUGACUGGGCCUACAAAACUGCCUGCUUAAUGGGCUACAACGGAGACAAGAGCAGCAAGUGUGUCUAUGACUACUUGUCAAGGAAAUCUUCACAUGACUUAUAUCUUGCCAACUAUCAACUGAGGACCAAAGAGCGGGAUAUGAGAAAUGUAUUAUCUUUCUUUAUUCCUGUUGUGGAGCCCUAUGCUACAGACGAUUGCGUCAUUAGCAAGCCUCCCAAAGAACUUUUGGCUGAGGCCUGGGGCAAUAAAAUUCCCUUGAUUAUAGGUGGUGUAUUGGACGAAGGUUUUAUCUUUUACAACAUGGCACGACAUGUCCCUUAUAUAAUCAAUGAGUUGGGCGAAUGUCUGGAACUCAUGCCCGAUGACCUAAAGCAUUCCCGUACUCAAGAUGAACUCAAACAAAUGGCCUUGAGUCUUAAACAAUUGUACUUUGAUGGUAAAGAUCCGAAUAUCAGAGAUAACUUUUAUCACUUCUUGGAACUGAUGGGUCACCGUAUGAUAUGGCAUCCUAUAGUAAGAACAUUGAAGGCCCGUUUGAAAUAUGCCUCACUAGCUCCAACGUACGUCUACACAUUCGAUUUCGAUUCAAAUUUCUUUAAUCACCAUCGAACUGUGCAUUGUGGUCGUGCAGCGAGAGGGGUGUGUCAUGGUGAUGAUCUUGUCUAUCUCUUUUAUGGCAUUUUGUCUGAAAAGCUUAGCACCAGCAGCAGAGAGUAUCAAUGCUUGCAGCGAAUGGUAGGCAUGUGGUAUAACUUUGCCUUGACCUCGAAUCCCAAUUGCCAGGAAAUAGAACCGGUUAUAUGGCAACCGCUUGGUGAUUGUGAGGAGCCGCUUAAAUGCCUGUCGAUCUGUGAUACAUUGAAGCACAAAGAACUGCCCAAAUAUGAAAAACUUAAGAUUUGGAAUGAGUUUUACAAACGAGAGGAAUUCAUUUACACCUUGGUGAUUAAUACCUCUCUGGGUCGUGUAAAAGGCCAAAAAUGCGAAGGUAUUUACGGCGAUGCCUUUUACAGUUUCGAAAAGAUACCAUUUGGUGAAAUUCCCGUCGGCAAACUACGUUUUCUGCCGCCACAACCCAAAAGCCCCUGGUCUGAGAUACUGGAUUGCACUCUGCAAGCGCCCAAGCCGAUGCAAAAGAAUGCGCUCAGUAAUUUAAUUGAAGGAACUGAAGAUUGUUUAUAUUUGAACAUUUACACCAAACAGUUGAAUACAGCCAAACCAUUACCGGUAAUAGUUUUACUCUAUGGAGGAGGCUUUGAAAUGGGUGAUCCUACCAGAGACUUACAUGGCCCCGAUUAUUUUAUGAUGAAGGAUGUGGUAUUUGUUACCAUAGGAUAUCGUUUGGGACCUUUUGGUUUUCUCCAAUUCAAAGAUCCCCAACUGAAAGCCCCCGGAAAUAAUGGCCUCAAAGAUCAAUUACUGGCCCUGCAAUGGAUAAAACAAAAUAUUGCAAAUUUCAAUGGCGAUGUUGAUAACAUCACCCUGAGUGGAGAAAGUGCUGGAGCUGCUUCUACCCACUACCUCAUGUGCUGCCCCUUGGCAAAAGGUCUUUUCCACAAGGCUAUCUUAAUGUCAGGCAAUAUUCUGUGCAAUUGGGCAUAUUCACCUUUGGAAAAUAUACCAUAUCGCUUGGCCAAAGCCUGUGGCUAUGAAAACUCUGCCGAUGAUGAAAAGUCCAUAUUCGAAUUUCUUCAACAACAACCUGCCGAAACUUUACUCAAACCAUAUUUGCCCAACAAAGAAGAGAACAUGAACGAUUGCCUGUUCACGUAUGGACCCAAAGUGGAACCGUAUCCCACUGAUACCUGUGUUAUACCCGAACAUCCAGAAAGUUUGGUGAAAAACGCAUGGGGUAAUGCAAUUCCAGUACUAAUGAGCGGGACCUCAUUUGAGGGUCUCCUUAUGUUUGCUAGAGUGCAUGUGGCACCGUUCCUGUUGACAGAAUUGGAAGAAAAUCCUCAUCAUUGUCUACCGUUUACCCUGAAAAUGAAAUAUCCCAAAGAUCUACAGACGGAGCUGGGAAUGAAAAUUAAAAAAACCCAUUUUGGAGAAGAAAAGGCCAAUGCUCUUAAGUAUUGUGAGUACGCCACCUAUAAAGUUUUCUGGCAUCCAAUAUUACGCCUGCUAAAAUUACGCACCAAUUCUGAGACGCCGCUGGCGGAAACCUACCUCUAUCGCUUUGAUUUUGAUUCGCCAGAUUUCAAUCAUCAACGUAUCAAAUAUUGUGGCAAAGAGAUGCGUGGCGUCGCACACGUCGAUGAUCAUUCGUAUCUGUUUUAUGGUGAUUUUUCAUGGAAACUCUCCCCCGAGAGCUCUGAGUACAAAACCAUUCAACGUAUGGUUGACAUAUGGCACUCCUUUGCCUUGCAAUCAAAUCCCAAUGGCCCUUGCGUAGAGAAGGAACUUAACGCUCCAUGGUUACCAGUCGUUAAGGAACAGACAGAGGGAAAUCUCAAAUGUUUAAAUAUUGGCAAAGAACUGAAGGUGAUUGAUUUGCCGGAAAUGCCAAAGUUACAGGUGUGGGAAAGUCUAUACAACGUAGAAGCAUAUGCUGCCGAAAAGGAAUAAAAAACGAAAUUGAUGAAGGUAAACCAAAGACAUAAACAAUAAAGAAA